AUGUGCGACAUUUUAAACGUUGGAGGUGAGCCGAUCGUUGACGAUCGCAUCGUUAAGAUUAAAACUCACACGUACAAUCCGUACGUGAACACAACAUUUGAACACAGUGAUGGAAUACGCAUACCUAUACAACAGCAGGACUUGUACACUUUACCGUGUCAAAGUUUUCUUUACGUCGAAGGAAAAAUGACGUUAACGACGAAAGACGAAGAAGUAUUUCUAGGUAAUAAUUGUGUGGCUUUUAUGUUCGAUGAAAUUCGCUAUGAACUCAAUGGUAUGGAGAUUGAUUUUAAUAGAAACGUUGGAAUAACCAGCACAAUCAAAAACUAUGUAUCGCUAACACAUGAUAAAAGCAUGGCCAUGAAGAAUGCUAGAUGGGAUAUUACACAACAUACGGACGUAGAUAGUUACUUUAGUUUCUGCGUACAUCUCAGCAUGAUAUUAGAAUUUUGCGAGGACUACAAGCGUACCAUUAUUAAUGCACGUCAUGAACUAAUUUUAAUACGAUCGCACAACGACAAAAACUGCAUAACAGCAGUUUCUGAGGUAAAUAGUGAAGCAUUAGAUGAAAAAAUUGAAUUAUUUAAAAUACAAUGGCAAAUGCCUCAUGUAGUAUUGAACGAUGUCACGAAGCUCUCGCUGCUACGAACUCUGGAAAGCGGACGGUAUUUGACCAUGAGUUUCCGCUCGUGGGAUCUCUAUGAGUUUCCAUUAUUACAAAGCACGAUUAAACACUCGUGA